AAUAAGCAGAUAUAGCACGAUAUUGUAAACCACAAACACAUCCGUCGCUCUCUUCCUUCACUGCGACAGUUAUUGGCUGUUUAAAAAUGAAUAAAUAAAUAAAAUUUGGUAAAAUAAAUAAAUGACAAUUUGCUGCCAUAUAAUUGGUCGCAUGGAAAUAAAUAGGAUGUUAUUAGCUGAGACCUUGAUAUUUCAGUUUAUUAAGUGUUACAUCGACAACGUACUUCUAGUAAGCCAGCAAUGAUGUUGCAACAAGGCAUUAUAUUAUUGCUUUUCACAGUUAUUUCUUAUUCGAGCGAAAAUGAAAUUAUGCCACAUGAAAAAACCAUUAAGGCUUUUUUAUCCAAACCAGUCACUCUUCAAUGCCAUUUUCCUGGAGUUAAGGUUUCCUGGGAAUCUACAAAUAAUAUUUAUUUGUUCUCUUAUUUAGAAUGUAGGAAAGCUUUUCCUCACGUUACACAGAAUAAGCUUUUUGAAGGAGUAAAAAGUAACUGCUCUAGGAAACAGAAGGUUACAUUUCUCACUUUACCUUCUAUCACCAAGGAACAUGACAAUAUUCAAAUUAAGUGUAAUCGACCAGGAAGUUCUUCACAUCUCAUAUUCUUAAUAAAAGUUAUAAAAAAUGAAAUUGUGCCACAUGUCACAACCAUUAAGGCUUUUUUAUCCAAACCAGUCACUCUUCAAUGCAAUUUUCCUGGAGUUAAGGUUUCCUGGGAAUCUACAAAUAAUAUCUAUUUGUUCUCUUAUUUAGAAUGUAGGAAAGCUUUUCCUCACGUUACACAGAAUAAGCUUUUCGAAGGAAUAAAAAGUAACUGCUCUAGAAGACAGAAGGUUACUUUUCUCACUUUCCCUUCUAUUACUAAGGAACAUGACAAUAUUCAAAUUAAGUGUAAUCGACCAGAAAGUUCUUCACAUCUCAUAUUCUUAAUAAAAGUUAUAAAUUUCCCAACAGUUCAAGUAAACAGUGUCAAUGUGAAAAUAGGUGAACAAGCUACAUUGAAAUGUAAUGUUGAAGAUUCAACUAAUUUUCAAAUAGCUUCAUUAAAAUGGACGCAAAAAAUCUUUGGACAUCAGAUUGAAGGACAUGUCUCCAAUGAGACUCAAUUAAUCUUCAAUAAUACUUCCUGGAGGGAUACAGGCAACUGGACAUGUACUAUUAUGGUAACAGCUAACCAGAAAACACAAAUAAUUAAAGGAUCUGGGAUACUCUCUGCAUCUGGUGUUCCUAUUGUGGAUCAUCUAGAAAAUGUCAUUGAAGCUGAAGAGUCACAGAGCAAAACUGUUAAGUGUUUCAUUUAUUCAUACUCUCAGAAAAUUCAUGUUGAGUGGCUCCAUAACAAUCAUCUAAAAGAAGGGGUAAUUUUAUCCCAAUCAAAUCGUCAAGCAACUGUGGUAAAUGAAACAGUUCAGUUACCAGGAUAUAUUGCUCAAUUAGAAUUAAAAAAUAUUAGAGAGAAAGAUUUUGGAAAAUACACGCUAUAUGUUCACAAUAAAGAAGGUGUAUCAAAUGCUACAUUUAUUUUAAGAAAUGCAGUUACAGCUAAUAAUGUACUGAUCAUUGGAAUUACGUGUGCUGUGAUAGUUCUCAUUCUUGUUACACUUAUCAUAUGCUGCUUUUGGUACUUUUCUAUCAGGAAGAUCCCAUCAGUUACUGAAAAAAGGGAAUAUUCAAGGAUUUUCCUUUCAUCUUAUAGUUCAACAAAAACAUCUUCUCUUGAAAAUUAUUGGAAUAACAAAGUCUUGAGUGACAGUACAAAGUUAUCCAGUAUAAAGUACAUUAGGGAUUUCAACAAAGACGAAUUUAUCUCGGAAAAUGACGAACCUAUAUAUGCAGAAAUUGGCUACAUAGAUAUGGACAGGGCAAAAGCGCUCAAAGCUACCCAGAAUGAGUAUUUAAGCCCGAAGUCUGUAAAUUCUCUGAAGCGCAUUCAAAAUGAAGGGACAAUUGACCGCAAAUCUACUGAGAAUGUAUAUUUAAACCCAUUGUCAGUAAAUUCCCUGAAGCACGCUCAAAAUGAAGCACUAAUUGGAUGAAGUUCUACAACCACAAAGGAACGAGUUUACUGAGGAUUCUUUACAGGAAAAAAAAAUUAGACCAAUAUUCAUAUACUUCUUACCCUGUUUAUGUUUUUGUUUUUAUUUCUUUUCUUUUAGUUUUUCCAAAGCAAAACAUCACCAUUUAUUUCCUACAGGAUACAAAACUGAUGGAAAUUAUGAUUUCCAUUAACAAAAAUGCUCCUUUAAAAGAGAAGCAAAAGACCAGUCUUAACAUUAUUGUACAAUGAAAGUAUAUGUCCUGUAUACAAAUGAUAUAUUUUGCUAAUGUCCCUUAAUAUUUUGAACAAUGCCAUCCCUGCACCAAAA